CCGGCAGGCGGGGUCAAGAUGGCGGCGCUGUGGGUGCUACGGGCCUUGCGCGGUCUCUGUGGGGCCGCGCUGUUCCUGUCCCAGCUCUCCGUCCUCUCCGGCCGCGCGGGAUCUUUGAUGACAACAAAGCUCUCUCAGCCACAGUCUACACUGGCAAAAAGCCUAACUUCAGCAAGUACAAAUACUCCCUAUUUUAAAGUCCUUGAAAGCACGGAAAUUCCACCUUACAUCGUUAAAUGUCCCAGCAACGGGCUUUGCAGUAGGUUGCCACCAGACUGCAUGACAUGCAACACAAACUACUCCUGCAUAUAUGGGAAGCCAGCCACUUUUGAUUGCAAGGUCAAGCCACAUGUUCAUUGUGUUGAUGAUAAUAACCACGAGCAGGAGAACUUCACAAUUAACAUGACAUGCCAGUUUUGCUGGCAGCUUGCCACAAGUGACUAUGUCUGCACCAACUCCACAAACUGCAUGACAGUGUCCUGCCCACGACAACGAUACAAUGCCACUUGCACAGUCCGGGAUCACAUUCAUUGUCUAGGUAACCGUGUCUUUCCUAAGAUGCUCUAUUGCAACUGGACUGGAGGUUAUAAGUGGUCUACUGCCUUGGCACUAAGCAUCACCCUUGGUGGAUUUGGUGCCGAUCGUUUCUAUUUGGGCCAGUGGCGGGAAGGUCUGGGGAAACUCUUCAGCUUUGGAGGACUUGGAAUAUGGACACUGAUCGAUGUGCUGCUCAUAGGUGUUGGCUAUGUGGGACCUGCAGAUGGUUCUCUUUAUAUUUAAAUGUGGGUGCAGUAUAUUUCAGAGAAGUCACUGCCUGGGAAGGGCUUUAAAUAAAAAAAAGAAGAUGAAGAUUUGAGCCUUUAAGGUAGAAUGAAGAACAACUGUUUGUUCUAUGUGCAUAGAUUUUAAUGUACAGUAUCUGUACUUGGUUUGCCUUUUACUAAGGUGAAAUAAAAGAAUGGAUCACUGAGUAAGUCGAAAUUAAUUUAAUUUCUUCUAUGGAUAUGUUAUUUUUCUAUGAAAAAAGUUGAACAGCUAACCAGAUUCGGCACUGUGCUUGAACUUGGAUGAUCUGUCAGGCCCCAAAAGGGAUGCAACCUAACUUGAAUAUUGAAUUUUUUUACUUCAUAUUUCUAUGCUUAAAUUUAACUUUAAAGCUUACUUUCCUAAAUAUGUCAGUAAUUUUUCUGUAUUUGUGGGAGGAUUCUUUAUUUGCCUGAAUUAUGCUGGUAUUAUGUAGAUCACCGUGUUUUAUAAUGUUAAUUAUAUUCAUCUCUUGUUUUAGGACAUAGCAAGAGCUAACAUUUGCCUAUGGACCUGACUUAAAAUUAGGGGAGGGUUAGAAUUAGCUUGCAGAAACACUAAAAGCUAAACAUUAAAUAAUUGAAAUAGUUUGAGGGUUUUUUUUAUCAUUCUUUGUUUUAGUUGGGUUUGACCUUCAUAUCAGUGAAAAGUUACAGUUCCUAUUAUUGUGCUAGCAAGCUUGCCAAAUUGCUUUAAAAAGGGGUUGGCAAUGUAAUCCAUGAGUUUAUCCACGUAGGACUUCGGGACGUGAUAAUGUGGCGGACUAGUGCCAUUACAGAAGAUUAACUUUGUGUAGUAGCGGUAAAUUCCUGGUAGUGUGUGCACGGUGCUGUGAAGCUGCCGCUGCUGCAGCACAGUCGGGCUGCAAAUCGUAUUGCUUGAAUAAACUACAACUCGAAGCUUUUAUGGCAUUAAA